CGCAGGGCUCCAGCCUGUCACACUUGGGUGAUCAUGACAAGGGGCAGGACCUAGCAGCUUGGUUUUCUGCAUAUUUUUUCUAUAAACCUGAGCUGCAUAGAAAAUACAACUCAUUGAUUUUGGUAUAGCGUGGGAGAGGAAGGAGAGGAGGGCAGGAGGCCAGGGCACCUGGGCACCCACCCCACUCAGCCUGCAACCCUGCAGGCCAGCAGAGCGAUGGCUGGUGUGGCCUGGAUGUGGCUGUGGAGGCCGCUGCUGCUGCUGCUCUGGGCGGCCUCGGGGCCAGAGGCCUGGAACAAGGGCAUGGGGGAGCCCUGUGAGGAGCAUCAGGAGUGCCGGAGCGGCUGCUGUGUCCCCAACAGCUUGAACCCACAGCGGUUCUGCACUGCCCAGACCUUCUUUCAGCACUGUUCCCCGUGGCACAAGCCCAACGACUACCAGUGCGACCACCACUGGGAAUGCCAGAGCAACUGCUGCGUCCAGAUCGGGCUUGGCAUGAUGCGGGCCUGCAUGCCCAAGACCAUCUUCCUGCAGUGUGUGCCCUGGCGCAAGCUCAAAGGGGACCUCUGCAGGAGCCACCACGAGUGCCUGAGUCAGUGCUGCAUCCGGCAAGUGGACUCAAGUCCCUACCGCUGCACGCCCCGCAGUGGGGUUCUGGCCCAGUGCUUGCCCCAGCAGUGACCUGAGUCUACCGCAGGACCAGACCUGGACCCUGACGUGCUGGCUUGGCCUUGGCCACAAGGAGCUAUGCCUUCUUGGCCCUGGGAGCCUCGAGGUCAGAGGCACUGCCAUAGCGCCAAUGAUGUGGCGCUGGUGAGCACCAUAUGCAGGUCUGCGAUGUGAGGUCCAGCUCAUAAAUAAACGCCCUGAUGGCUCGAUGCACAGGUGGGGGUGCGAAGGUCCGACUCAGGCACCUCCCGACUUGCCUAGCGCGGGAGGCACUCUGCACCCCUCCCUGCCACAGGGGAUGCAAGGGCCACUCUUCUCACCGGGGGUGAAAACAGCCUACCUGAGUACAGAAUGUUCCAGAACACAGGACCAUGUGCCGGGGCUGCUAACCUCCUCCUCCAAUCUCCCCCUGGUGGCUGAGGCUGCAGAAGCCACUUCCU